CGAACACGAUGGUCGACGCGGUCGUCGUCAUGUCGAACACGAUGGUCGUUGUGUUGAACACGAUCAUCGUCGUGUUGAACACGAUCGUCGUUGUGGUCGUCCUGUCGAACACGAUGGGCGUCGUGUCGAACACGAUCGUCGUCGGGUCGAACACGAUUGCCAUCGUGUCGAACACGACCGUCGUCGUUUCCGGCUCGUUGAACACGAUCAUCGCUGUGUCGUGCACGGCCGUCGUCGUAUCGAGCACGGCCAUCAUCGUGUCCGACACGAUGGUCGUCGGGUCCGCCGAGAUGGUCGUCGGGUCGGACACGAUGGUCGUCGUGACGAGCACGGUGGUCGUCGUGUCCGCCACAGUCGAACACGAUCUUGGUCGUGCCGAACACCAUCACGGUCGUGUUGAACACCCUGCUCUUUUUCGCCACGACCCCCAUAUUCGUUUCGACUUGCACAGAGUUUAACACGUCUCGUGCAUGACUUAUGGUGUGCAUGCUAUGCCACGGCAGGCUUGCAACACAACCUUGGAAAGCAUGGACUGUGUGGCGUCUAAUACAAUGCUCAAUGAGGAUUUUCCUUCACCGCACCUGCCAAUGUGUUCACAAGAUGUUCGAAGUGGUCACAAACGUGUCGAUAAUGCUCCGGAAUCUCCUGCUCAUAAAAGGUCACGAAAUAUUGCGUGUGCGGAUACUACAUGUGAAAGUGCGUAUCCCGUCCUUCGAUGCCCGGUUCGAACCUAUGAUGCAGAGAGUGUUGAAGGUCAGGAGGAUAAGGCCUCCUCUACUGACAGCGACGCGUCCGAUGUAGAUCGUGUUGUAUGGGUGUCGAGGAAUUCACUUCGAGAUUUCGAGUACACAAGUCUUCUAUUUGGUGACAGUGAUGAAGGUGGUUCAGAUUCAAGUGUUUCAGUGUCGUCUAGUGGUGAUAGUUCUCCAGAUAAAACCGAUCAUCCGCAAACGUACGCUGACCGGAACAGUGACCACUGUUGUCGAAAUGACGAUGAGAAUUGUGACGUUCCCUCUGACGAGCUAUCCGUGUGGCGCAGCGGCGAAAAGCGCUUCAGGGAGAUGCCACCUCCUCUUCUGCACAUCCCUGGUUGAGAGAUGGUGGAGGAGGAGGUAAGUUAUGAACCAAGGGAAGAGGUGGAAGGGGAAGAGGAAGAUGGGAGAGAGGAGGAGAAUGAGGAGGAAGCGGACGGGAGGGGGUUGGCCGAAGAUAGCAAAAGGUUCAGCACGGGGCGGCCGCGUUAUAGAUGCAAUCAUGAUGUGGAUGAGGAUCUAGAGAAGGAUAAUUCAGAGGAAGAUGAAGCGAGAUCAUUGUCUAAUGGCGUGGCAAGGGAUUGGGAGAAUGGAGGAAAGAGGAGCGGCGGAGAGGGAGGGAGGGGAAGAGGGGGAGGCAGGAGAGGAGGGGGGGGUGACGGUGACUGUAACGGCUCUAUUUCGUCCCACAGCAGCGGGCAGCAACUUGGCGAAGAGGAGCGACGGCAAUUGGCCAGAAGGAGGAAGGGGGAGGAGGAGGAAGAGGAGGAGGAGGUAGGAGAGAUGGAAACAUCUCAUGAUGAGGGCGAGGAAGGGGAGCACGUGGAGGAGGAGGAGGAGGAUGCGGAGGAGGAGGAAGUAGACAGGGAACAGGAUGAGCGAGAGGGGAAUGAGGACAUGGAUGAGUAUGAGGGCGGGGAGGAAGGCCACGUGGGCAAACGAGGAGGAAGGUACUCUCCCCCGCGGCGCGUUAGGACGACGUUGGGACCGAGGCACUACAGACAACGGGCUCAGUCGGGAUCCGGAGGAGAAGAAGAUUUGUCCACAGAAGACCGCCAAGAAGACGAGGAGGAAGAUGGUGACGAAGAAGAUGCUGAAGAGGAGGAAGACUAUGAAGAAGAAGGCGAGGAUGAAGACGAUGACGACGCUGAUGAAGAUGCGUCGUUCGCGAGUGCAUCUGGACGUUGUUCUCGAGUGCGACGUGUCGUCGGCGACGGCGGCGGCGGCGGCGGCGGCGGCAUAGAUGAUGAUGGGUCUUGUCUCGACGUGCCUAACCGUCUUCGCCCCAUAGAACAUGACCCCAAUGACGAAGAUUUCAAUCCUCGAGUUGCAUCUGCUGCCAUUUCUAGAUCGAAGAGGCAGCCCGGGCAGCUGGAUGGCAAUGAUUCUCUUGGCAGUGAGGGGGAUGAGGUGGAAGAAGAGAGCCCUGAACCGUCAGAUGAUAGUGAUGAGGAUUUCGGAGGUGGGCGGAAAGGAGGAUCUGGUAGACAAAGGUCUCGUGUUUCACAUCAGAAGAAAGUAGGAGUGGUUGAGGGAGCAAGCCGGAGAAGUCAGGGAUUUAGUGGAAGGUACCAAGCACGCCGUAGCAGGUCAGAUGAUGAUGAUGGUGAGGAGGACGAAGAAGAGGAGGAGGAGGAUGACGACGAUGAAGAGGCUGAGGAUGAGAGCGAUGAAGAUUAUGGACGCAGACGGAGAAGACCUGGCAGUAAUCUCAUCGCAAAGGGAAGGAGAUCGGCACUUAAAGGCCGUUCAGGGAGGAGUCAUGGGGAAUCAACUAGGGCAAGGGUGGAGACGCCUGUCCGAUCAACACGUACUGCUAAUGGUGAUGUGGCGAGGAAGAGUUAUGCGGAAGUGGAAGAGUCGGAUGAUGAGGAUGAGAAGCGCAAUGCUAGGCAUGGAAAGCAUGCGGAGGAGGAGGAGGAGGAGGGAGAUGUCAUUGAAAGGGUUGUUUGGCAUCAACCGAAAGGCACAGCAGAGAAGGCGAGAGAACAAGGUAAACCUGAAGACCCAGUUGUGGUGGAUGUCGACCCCUAUGCGAACAUCGAUUGGGAGGAGCAAGAGUUUUAUAUCAAGUGGAAAAACUCUGCAUACAUCCACUGCCAGUGGGACACCCUUGAGACACUUAACCAGUUCAAAGGGUUUGUCAGGGUCCAGAAAUACAUGAAGAAGGUGGAGACGGAUAUGAUGAACAGGAUGGGCCUCAGCCCGGAGGAGGCAGAAGUUGCUGAUCUUUCAAAGGAAAUGGAGCUUGACAUGCUCAAAGAGUAUAUGAAGGUGGAGAGAGUCUUUGGGGAGAGGUGUGAGCAGAAUGAGAACGGGGAGGAGAUCCAGUACUACCUGGUGAAGUGGAAGGGCUUAUCGUAUGAAGAAGCCACCUGGGAGAAGGACACAGAUAUCGCUUUCGCACAGGAUAUGAUCGAUGAAUUUAAGGUACGGGAGGAUAAUGCGUCGAUUGUGGGAAGGACGGUAGACAGCGUGCGCCGACAGUUCAAAUCAAGUCUGCGGAGUUUGACAACUCAGCCACCUUGGCUCAAGGAAGGGACAUUGCGCGACUACCAGCUGGAGGGACUUAAUUGGUUAAUACUCAGCUGGCGGAAUGAAAACAAUGUCAUCCUUGCGGAUGAAAUGGGACUUGGGAAAACUCUACAGUCUGUCUCCAUGCUUGGCUACCUUCAGUUUCAGCAGCAGAUACAGGGUCCGUUUAUGGUGAUUGUCCCAUUAUCGACAAUCACAAACUGGGCAAAGGAGUUCCGCAAGUGGCUGCCGGAGAUGAAUGUCGUCAUGUACAUUGGCAAUCGCAAAAGCCGAGAGGUGAUUCAGCAGUACGAGUUCUACACUGGCAAGAAGGCAGGGAGGUUGGUCAAGUUCAACACACUGUUGACGACUUACGAAAUGGUUCUGAAAGAUCGGGAAGUGCUUUCGAAGAUCAAAUGGAACUACUUGAUGGUUGACGAGGCGCAUCGUUUGAAGAACUGUGAUGCAUCCUUGUAUUCCAGUCUCAUGGAAUUCAAUUCGAAGAAUAAACUCCUGAUAACGGGAACUCCUUUGCAGAACAGCAUGGAGGAGCUUUGGGCCCUCCUGCACUUCUUGGAGCCAACAAAGUUUAGUGACAAAGAGGCAUUCCUUGUGCAGUAUGGAGAUAUGAAGAGUGAGCAGGAAUUUGCAAAGCUCCACAUGGAGUUAAGGCCACAUCUUCUCCGGAGAGAGAUCAAGUGUGUGGAAAAGUCGUUGCCUCCAAAAAUUGAGCGGAUAUUGCGAGUGGAAAUGUCCCCUCUUCAAAAGCAGUACUACAAAUGGAUAUUGGAGCGGAAUUUCAAGGAUCUGAACAAGGGUGCAACCAACCAGGUUUCCUUGCAGAACGUUGUGGUUGAGCUGAAAAAAUGCUGCAAUCAUCCUUUUUUAUUUGAGAGUGCGGAUUACGGUUAUGGAGGAGCUGCAGAUCUAACUGAUCGAGGGAAACUGCAGCGGCUGACUCUCAGUAGUGGAAAGCUAACCUUGCUCGACAAGUUGUUGACGAGGCUCAAGGAGACGGGUCACAGGGUGCUGAUCUUCUCUCAGAUGGUACGAAUGCUGGAUAUCUUGGCAGAGUACCUGGGUCUGAAAGGUUUUCAGUACCAGCGGCUGGAUGGGAGCACAAGGGCAGACCUCAGGCAUCAAGCUAUGGAACACUUCAAUGCUCCAGGAAGUGAAGACUUCUGUUUUCUCCUCUCGACACGGGCAGGUGGUCUGGGAAUCAACCUCGCAACUGCUGAUACUGUUAUCAUCUUUGACUCCGAUUGGAAUCCUCAGAAUGACUUGCAGGCAAUGAGCCGAGCACAUAGAAUUGGACAACAGGAGGUUGUGAACAUUUAUCGUUUUGUAACAAGCGGUAGUGUCGAGGAGGACAUUUUGGAGCGAGCAAAGCGAAAGAUGGUUCUUGACCACUUGGUUAUCCAGAAGAUGAAUGUUAUGGGGCAGCUGGAGAAGAAGGAUGUGAAGAAGAAGAAUCAGUCUAUGUUCGACAAGAAUGAGCUUGCGGCCAUCUUGCGAUUUGGUGCAGAGGACUUGUUUAAGGACAAGGAGAAUGCUGAGGAAGGGAAUAGGAAGCUGGAGAAUAUGGACAUUGAUGAGAUUCUUGCGCGGGCGGAGAAAGUCAAUGGUGCUGUUGAAUCUGAGGGAACGAAUGACCUCUUAAGUGCUUUCAAGGUUGCCACAUUUUGCAGUACUGAGGAUGAUGCAACUUUCUGGAGCCGGCUGAUAAAGACGGACAGUGGAGAAGAAGAAGAAGAGGUAACUUUGCAGCCGCGGGCGGCCAGGAACGUUGCAACUUAUGCCGAAGGCUAUGAAGAGGAGGAGGAGAAGGCACGGAAGAGGAAAGGUGGAUCGGAUUACGAGAAGCCGCGGAGGAAACGGCCGGUUCAAAGAUCUGUUGAACCUGUUAUCCCAGCAGCACCAGUUGAAGGGGCCGCUGCCCGCGUGAUUGAUUGGCCCGGUGAGCCCAAUGGUCUGUCGAAGAGGGAUGCUCUUGCAUUUGUAAAAGCGGUGAAGAAGUUUGGCGAUAAGAGCAGGAUGGACCUGAUCGCCGCUGAGGCAGGUGGUGCUGUGGAGGCUGCCAGCAGGGAGUCUCAGAUUGCACUGUGGGAUGCUCUUCUUGAUGGCUGUGCAGAGGCUGUCCAGGCAGGAUUACAUGAGAUGAAGGUGUCUAUUCUGGAUUUCUUCGGGAAUCCGGUGCGAGCUGCGGAGUUCCAGCAACGAGUCAGGGAGCUGAUAAUGCUUGCAAAGCGCGUGAAGAAAUAUCCUAAUCCUCAUCAGCAGUUCCUGCUGAAGUCUAAUCCAGGAUUUCCUAGGUGGAACAAACUCUGUGGAUGGGACCAAGUGGAUGACGCAAAGCUUCUGCUGGGAGUGUAUUUCCAUGGAUUUGGAAAUUGGGAGAGAGUCAAGCAAGAUGAGGCACUCGGAUUGGCUGACAAAAUGUUGCCAUCAGGGUCAUCUCCAGACGAUGUAAUUCUGCCGAGGGCCAAUCAACUUGAAUCAAGGGCCAGUGCACUUCUUCGCAAGGAGCUUGAGGUGAUGGACUUGCAGGCAAAAGCAGAAGAACAUGCGAAAGGCGAUACGAAGAGCAUUAAGGGAAGAGGGAAAAUACCGGGGUUCAUUUCACAACCGGACAGGCGGUGGGGGAACGGAUGGGACUCAACUGUGAAGGCGAAGGGCUGUAAGACCGCAAUGGUAAGGGGGGAGUGGGACAGGGAUAGGCCAGGGAGGAGAGGAGGGGUUGAGCGAAGUGAGAGGGCGGAGAGGGGCAUGAAGAGGGGAAGGGAGGAUAAGGAGAGGGAUGGGUUUGGGAAGGAGGAGGGUGAAGUAUCCGACAGGGAGAAUUCAGGCAGGGAGAGAAUAAAAGGCGGGCUACCCCUCUCAGAUGACAUCAAGGAGGCCAAGUGGCGAAAAUGGUGCGUAGAGAAGAUGAUCGACCAUUCGAAGACUCUGAACAAACUACGCAAAAUCCAGGAGAAGAACUUACCCAAGGAGAAGGCUGUUGAGAAGGUUGGGAAGUAUUUGAAGCGGAUUGGAGCAUGUAUUGAAGGAAUCAUGGCCAGGCAUGCAGAUCAACCCCCAAGCAAAGCCAGAAGAAUGUGGCGGCACCUAUGGGACUACGUUUCAACGUUCUCGCCAUCGUCAACAGGUUGUCGUCUUGGCGAACUGUACAUGAAGUUAAAGAACAGUGAUUCUCGACCAGGGAGCAGUCAAGAACUACGGCAUCAAGCUCCACCACCACCACCACCUCCUCCUCCUCUUCCCCCUCCUCCUCCUGCUGCAAAUAUUCAUGCUCAGCCACGGGGUGGAUUCCCGUGCCCCCCUCCUCCAGCAGCUCACACAUUUCCCCCACCUCAUCUGCAUGUCUAUCCGCACCCUGCUCCGCCCAGCAUGGCAGGUCCUGGACCUGUCCCUGUGCAAAUGGGAGCAGCUGCUCCUGGCAUGCACGGUGCAGGGCCCAUUCUACCCGAACGGCAUCAACACUCUCAUCCUCCUCCCCUCCCGCAUCAUCACCACAACUAUCGUCCACCGCUUCACAAGCACCCGCCUCUGCCGCAGCAUCCUUAUCCCUACCAUCAGUAUCAUCAUCAUAGGGGCAUGGAUGGCCGGGAGAGGCCAUCUUCAGCUGAGGGACGACUAAAAGACGGUGAAGAAGCCCAUGCAGAGGCAUGGAAAAGGAGACGGAGAGUUGAUCCUCGUGAUGGAGGUCCUGGUCCUGGCGAGGGAGAGCCUAGAGGCGGUGUCUUUGGCGUCUCAAGCGGGGGGGGGUAUGGUGGGAAUUUUGGCCGAAAUGGAGCUGAAGGCAGGGGUUGGGAAGGUCGGCCAGGUAGCUCUGAUGGGUGGGACAGAGGCGCUGGCCCUAAUCGGUUAGGGAAUGGCUCUUGGUCGGAGGGGGGUCCAGGUGGGCCAGGCGGACCGUAUGGAAUGCCUAUGGAACGAGAUCGGCCAAGGUGGGAGGAAAAACAUGUGAGGGGCGGAAGAGAAGACGGGUGGAGGGCAGAUGGCAGAGGUGGCGGGGAUUGGGGUGACCACAGGAGGGACAGCAUGCGGUAUGGAGGCGGCGGUCCUUUCCCUCCGUACGGUGUAGGACCCGGUUUGCGCCACGGCGGACAUCCUCCGCCACACUUACCUCAUGCUAACUCCCAGCCCCCUCCCCCUCAUCUACCGCAACAACCUCCUCCUCCUCCCCCUCACGCUCCUCCAGCUUACUCGUCUCAUUAGCGACUGCUGUAUCAAGAGCUAGUAGGAAACAGGUAAGAGUGUGGAAUUGCCUUUUUUAAACGUUAGGUGUUGUUAUGUCUUUGUUGUGGACAGGAAUUACUUUCAUCGUCAUUGAGGUGACAAGUAACUUUCCGUGUUGAUUCAUGAUUAGGUUGUUGGAACAUUGCUUGCCUUCAAGGCCACAUACAUGACCACUGAUUCGAUUGAAGGGCAGGAGACGUUGCGUUUUGGACUCUAUUAAUGCCACAAAAUUGUUGGUAAGUUUUGCUUCCGGCCUCUCUCGGGCGAGUCUGGGUUUCUGUGGAGAGACGGGUUGGCGUCGAGGGGGAAGUGCACAUUUGAGAUUGUCUGUCUUCUUCGUGGAUGUCCGUUCAUCGUCUCUCUGGUAUUGUUGAAGGGUGCAUGUGAUUCUCUUCCUCUUGUACCUAGUCUUCAAGAAGGGAAGAUGCAUGCUUCAGGGCACACUCACACUAGCACUUUUCUAAAUGUAUCUGACCGCAAUUCUCGCUGGAGCUGGAUGCAUCUUACUGCAAUCACGUC